CGGACACAACAAUAUUUUUCUUAAAAGAAAUAUACGUCGAAGUAUACAAGAAACAAAUCAAAGGUUGAAACUGGUGGAACCACCACUCGACAAUCGCUGUGCUCAUGACACUACGGACUACAUGCAAAACCAUCUACGGCAUAUCGCGAAUGCCGCUACCAUUGCCAGACAGGAUGGCAUCAGGGGCGGUGCUGCAUUCGAUUCUUGCUUUAGAGCGGGGGAAGGAGUUGACGGUUGGGUCGAUUCAGGUGGGGCGAUGAUGUCCAGCGAAUGGAUUUCGUGCAAGGUGCUUGUAAAGAGCGUAAGUGCGGGAACGUCAAAGGCGUCGGUGGGAUAACCGUUGGCCAGGUGAAAACAGCUCGAGUUGUUGCGGACCAUGGCCUUCAGUCCUUGGAUCGCGGGACUGUCACUAGUGGUGAAGAACGACAUGAGGAGCUGUCCAGGCAUGCACUUGUCGUCCUCGAAGAGUUGCGAAAGUUGCAAGCCAAAUGCCGGCGCGCGGAGCAAGGGAAGAUUGCGCAUCCAAGUGAGAAGAUCUUGGACAGGUCGAAUACACGACCCAGGCAAGAACGGAGCGGUGAACAGCGCCGGCUUCGUCAUGUUGUCCGUGCCUUUAAACAUCCUUCCCAUCAUGGCUGCAACUCCUUGAUCGUUUGGCACUUGCAGCGCGUUGAGCGUGGUCGUAAACAAGAUCGAUGGGUUUGCCCGUGCAUGGGCUAGGAAGCUCUCCAACAGAGUAAACGCACACGUUUGCGAUGUCUGGUUGUAAAACCCUGGGUUUUGCGACGAGCACACGACAUUCGCAACCAGUCGAGUUGCGUUGAACACAACAACGUCGAGGGGCGUACCAAAUUGUUGAUGGACAUCCGAGAGGAUGGAGGUGCAGCACGGCUGGGACGCGAUGAGAGGAUAGAGUUUGGGCAUGACGACAAUCUCGAAACAUGGAAUCGCAUCGACAAACGGAGCGCAGAUUGACUGAAAGACCUUGUCGGUCAAUGUUUCCCCUGACACGGACGCCAUUGCCAUCGACACGUCGCGUUUCCAUGUUGUCAGUGACACGAACGCCGUGGCACAGACGGGUUCUUUCAGGGCUGGCAUGAUUGCUGAGAGGAGAUCCGACGCGUUCACGGACCCAAUGCAGUUGGCAAACGAAUGUGGCAAUACCUUGCUCAGGUCAUGAAAGGUCCUCGCAAGACCAGCGACGCCCGCGGUCGACGCAGUCGUGGAGAAGGUGCUGUUCGGAUUUGUCCACGGCAAGCAAGAUUGCGUCGCGUUCUCGGUCGCGACGGCAUCGACCCGACCGGUCCACCAGACCACCAACAGUGAAAGGUACACAAAGAGUGCCAUGAGACCGUGU